GGUAGAAACAACACACCACCAAAUUCAAAAACGUCAUCACAUUUAUAAAAGUUAACUACUGGAACUGUAUCCUUCGCUGAAAUUUAAUAUUUAAGAUUUAUAUACUAUUUACUUCGCACUACCUCUUAAUCCGAAAUAGAAACAAGUAUAAAAAAAACAUGUCGCAUAUCCUUCUUACCUUAGCUCCUUACCAGGUCUUAACCUACGGUACAUUGCUUGGAACGCAGGUCUUCCACACUUUCAUCAACUCCAUACUCUCCUUCAAAGUCCUCGAGCGACCUCAAUUCGCUACCUUACAACGCGCCGUCUUCCCCGCCUAUUUCGGCAUCCAGACCGCAGCCCCCGUGCUCCUCGCCCUGACGUAUCCUGGGAGUAAGAACCCCUUCGGCGUCCCCUCGAGCUUAGCAGGCGUGUUCCACCCGUCAAACCGCUGGGGGGUGCUUGUACCGCUCGGCACCAUCUUCGUAACAGGGCUCGUCAAUUUAACGUACCUACUUCCCGAGACGAAUAAGAUGACCGACCUAAGGCGAGAGCAAGAAAAGAAGGAUGCCAAAGCAAGCUACGAAAAGGGUGCCCACUCCGAGGAGAUGGCCGUGCUGAACAAGAAGUUCGGACAACUCCACGGCAUCUCUUCGCUUACUAACCUCAUCACGCUCAUUGCGACAAUCGUCUACGGAGUUAACCUAUCUUCCCGCCUCGAGUAAGACGGAAACCAAUAACUGUUAUCUAAUGACUCACGUGCACAUGAAUGAAAGGAAAUGGGAGAUGAGGUAAAUAUUCAACAUUGGAAGCUGUCAAUUAUCAAUGAGUCUAAUACGAGGUAUUUCGUACAUAUGAAAAUUGGGGAACCAGACU